GAUGAGAUAAACUCCAUUUUAAAAUGUUGGUUAGUAAAGUUUCAAUAAUCCAGCAAUGUAGAUGGCAUCUCCACCUUCAUAACUUAAUGCUUUUAUGAAUGAUUACGAUUAAUUAAUUAGGCCAGGAGAAACAACAAACAGAAGACCAAGAUCAAGAGAGUUAGAUAUGAUGAAUUUAUUGUUGAUUGGAAGUAUGAAUAAAGGAGAUAAAAGAAGUGGUUUAGAGAGUCUUGAUUAAUUUUUGGGUUAGCCAAAUAUACCCUAACCUAUAACUUCAACUAAUAGCUUAGCUAAUUUUGGUUAAUAGUUAUUAGGGUAGCCUUAUGGAAUGAGUUAAUUAGAUCCACUUAUGAGUUAAAUUCCUGGUUCAUCUUUUAGAGAUUAAAGAUCUAUGCCUAUGUUACCUAUGCAUUAAUAAUUUCCUUUAUAAUAACCAUAAUUUCCUACAUCUUAAUUCCCUAUGUAGGUACCAUAAUUUCCUAUUUAAUAACCAUCUUAAUUUCCUUUAUAAUAACCAUCCUAAUUCCCAUUAUAAUAACCAUCUUAAUUCCCAUUUAAUUAAUAAUAGUUUAAUUCACCUAACCAAUAAAUGAAGAAUUAAGAGAAAUUAUUAAUAAAUGGUUAAAUGGGUGUUACUGUAAAUUAAACUUAAUAAUAAGCUCCAGAGUUAUAAGAAUAACCUAAAACGAGAAUAAUAGAUUAUAUUAUGAGAUAAAACGAAGUCUUAGAAAAGUUAACAUAAAAUAUGGCAUAAUAGAGAGAAAAAGAGAGCAAAGAUGAAAAAUAGUAACUUAUAGAAAGAAUGAAAAAAUUAGAAGCUUAAAAUGCUUAAGAUGCAUUUUAUAAUGAUAUGUAUGAUGAAGUACCAUCACAUAUGAGGUAAGGUUAAUAAUUUAGGCCACCUCCAGGUUAUCAGUAUCAACCGUAUUUUUAAUAAUAGAAUUUAUAUUAAUAAUAAUUUCCAACGAUGCCAUAUCCUGAAAAAUAGAAAUCAAAGUAACAAACUUUAUAAAUGCUAAGAAUGUUGAAGUAACUUGUAAUAAAAAAAAUUUUAAUUUAAGAAAAUAGCAAAUUAGAGAAAGAAAAACAAAAAGAAUAAAAAACUUCUAGAUUUUGAAGAAAUUAUUAAUGAUCAAGCAGAAGUUGAUUCUUUUACUAGUGAAGAAAGUGAUCCUGAACCUAGAGUAGUAUAAAAACCAAGAAUUCUAAAACCAAGACCAAUACCUCCACCUCCAACUUAUGAUCCAAAAGAUGAUUAAACUAAAUUGGUCUAAUUAAUAGGGUAUAUAAUCUUACAAAUAAUAUUAUAGUCAACGUGCUAUAAAGAAAUUAAAGUUAUACUUUAUAAUGUUAUUUUUUCAUAUUUGGAGAUAUAAUUGGAUGAAAAAGACUAUUUUAGCUAAAAAAUAAUAUGUUAAUAAAGAAGGACCUGAAAUACUUUAAAAAUUUAUGGAUGAUACGCAUGGUUUAUUUGUAAGGGUAUUGAAAAAUGUUUUUGAUGAACUUUUUAUUUCUAAUUUAAAUAUUUAAGUAGUUCCAAAACCAAAAUAAAAGAUUUCACCUAAUCAAAUGAAUCAGAAUAUAAAAAAACUUAAGGAAAUUCUAAAAAAACUAUUUGAUGGUGUGACUGAUAAUGCAAAUGAAAGUGAUUUUACAGAGAAUAUGAUGAUAUAUUUAAAUAGCAUUACAUGUGAAUAUGCAUAUCUAUUAGAUAGUUAACAUUUAAGAUUUGAAAUAAAUAGAUUAAAUUUUACAUAUCAUGGAUCUUUAAAAAAUAUGGAAUAAAAGAAAUAAUUUAUGAUGAUUGUAAUUUCUAUGAUUGUUAAAGUAUUAUUGUAUAGGUUAUUGAGUAAAGCACAUAUAUAAAUAAAAAAUAUUAAAGUCACUGAUCAAUUAAAAACUAAUAUGAAGACAAUUACUUCAGCUACUUAUGAAAUCUUUAUGUUAUUUAUUAGAGGUGCAACAGCAAUUUAACCAAAUAAUACAAAAGAUUUACCAAUAGAGAAUCUUAUAAAAGAAAAAAAAGAAAUGUAUUAUUAAGUAGAUACUUUUGAUGCAACAGAGGAGGAAAUUGCAAAAAUUGAAGAAGCUAAGUAAAAAGCAAAUUCUAAGGAUGAAAGAAUAGAUGAACCUCUUUUAUAUCCCAUAUAUAGUGGUAGAGAAAUGGCAGCUUUGUAUAAUAAUAUAUAUAUAUUAUAUAUAGUUUUGAUACUGAAAGAAUCUUUGUAACAACUCUUUAAUAAAUGGUUGAAGGUUGGUGUGAAAAAAUAUAUAAUAUGUUAUAAAAUUAUAGAAAUGAGAAAGAAAAUAAAAGGAAGGAAGAUCUACGAAAAAAUAGAGAAUAACUUAAUAAUUCUCUGGCGAUAAAGAGAGAUAGAGUGAAUAAAAUUAUUUAAUUAAAUAGAGAAAAAGAUUAGUAAAUAUCUUAAGAAAUUAAAGAACUUUCAAUAAAAAUAGCUGAGAGUAGUGAAAAAGCAAAACGGGCUAAAGAUAAUUAUGAUAAUAUGUUAAAAGAAAGAGAAGAGAGACAUAAUAAUAUGUUAAUUGGUGGUCCUAAAAAAAUAGAUUCGUAAGUUCCAAAUUCUUAUGACGGUUAAUAUGGAUAACCAAUGAAAAGAUAGUUUUGA